CUGGUGACCCCGGAAGUGGAAGUCGGCGCAGGUCGGCGGCCGCGGCGGGGACGGAAGGCGGAAGCGGAGCGGGAGCGGGAGGCGGAGCCGGGGGAGGGGCUCUCGGAGCUCCCCUGGCCCCAGGCCCGGCUGCUCGAGGGGGAGGAGUUACCGCCGCUCUCGGGCAUCAGAAUUUACCAUGAUGGCUGUGACCUAAAACCCUCAGGAAGCCCCGGGGUCAUGGCCCAGAAGCACCCCGGAGAAAGAAGAUUGUGUGGAGCCCACCGCGGUAGGGGUGCCUCUCUCAGGACUUUAGGACCCUCUGUGGAUCCUGAAAUACUUUCAUUCUCAGGACUCAGGGACUCAGCGAGGCCUGCUCCUAAUGGCACCCACUGCCUCACAGAACACUCUAGUCCUAAGUACACACAGCCCCCAAACCCUGCUCACUGGUCGGAUCCAAGCCAUGGCCCCCCGAGGGGUCCAGGACCCCCUAGGGAUGGAGAGAACCCAGAUCAGAGCGAGGCUUCUUCAGAAGAAGAAUCAGGAGUGGACCAGGAACUCUCAAGAGAGAAUGAGGCUGGGUACCAGGAGGACGGGAAGCCUUUUGUUUCCAUUCCGUCUGCUUGCGACUGCCAGGGCACCUCUAGAGUCUCUGAAGGACCUUACUCUGAGGGAAGAGAUAGCUCUUCCAGCAACUUUUGCCACCAUUGUACCUCUCCAGCUUUGGGGGAAGAUGAAGAGUUGGAAGAGGAAUAUGAUGUUGAGGAACCUCUUAAAUUCCCCAGUGAUUUUUCACGUGUGCCCAGUGGAAAGAAACCUCCACCCCGGAGACAGAGGCACCGCUUUGCAGCCAAGGAGGAUACUCGGGAGGGUGGACGCCGAGAUCCCAGGUCCCCUGGUCGACACCGGCUGGGCCGGAAACGCAGUCAGGCGGAUAAGCGCAGAGGCCUGGGAUUGUGGGGAGCAGAGGAACUGUGUCAGCUUGGACAGUCAGGCUUCUGGUGGCUGAUCGAACUGCUGGUAUUGGUGGGAGAGUAUGUGGAAACUUGUGGCCAUCUCAUCUAUGCAUGCAGGCAGCUGAAGGGCAGUGAUCUGGACCUCUUUCGAGUCUGGAUGGGAGUCUGGGCAGGGCGACUUGGGAGCUGGGCCCAGGUGAUAUUCCAGUUUUUGAGCCAGGGAUUUUGCUGUGGAGCAGGGCUUUUCACCCGUUUUCUUAGGCUGUUGGGUGCUCUGCUGCUUCUGGCUCUGGCCCUCUUGCUGGGCUGUUUACAGUUGGGCUGGAGGUUUCUUGUGGGACUGGGUGACCGGUUAGGCUGGAGGAGUAAGGCCACUUGGCUCUUCUCUUGGCUGGAUUCUCCCACCUUGCAGCGUUGUCUGGUUCUGCUGAGAGACAGCAGGCCAUGGCAGCAGCUAGUAAGAAUGGUUCAGUGGGUUUGGCUGGAGUUGCCUUGGGUCAAGCAGAGGAUUAAUAGGCAAGAGAAUGCACCUGUAUCGGGUGGUCGCUACUGUCAGCCUGAAGAGGAAGUGGCUCGACUCUUGACCAUGGCUGGGGUACCUGAGGAUGAGCUAAACCCUUUCCAUGUGUUGGGGGUUGAAACCACAGCAUCAGAUGUUGAACUGAAGAAGGCCUAUAGGCAGCUUGCUGUGAUGGUUCAUCCUGACAAAAAUCAUCAUCCCCGGGCUGAGGAGGCCUUCAAGGUUUUGCGGGCAGCCUGGGACAUUGUUAGUAACCCUGAAAAGCGGAAAGAAUAUGAGAUGAAACGAAUGGCAGAGAAUGAAUUGAGCCGGUCUGUGAAUGAGUUUCUGUCCAAAUUGCAGGAUGACCUCAAAGAGGCAAUGAAUACUAUGAUGUGCAGCCGAUGCCAGGGGAAGCAUAGGAGGUUUGAAAUGGACCGGGAACCUAAAAGUGCCAGAUACUGUGCUGAGUGUAAUAGGCUGCAUCCCGCUGAGGAAGGAGACUUUUGGGCAGAGUCAAGCAUGUUGGGCCUCAAGAUCACCUACUUUGCACUGAUGGAUGGAAAGGUGUAUGACAUCACAGAGUGGGCUGGAUGCCAACGUGUGGGAAUCUCCCCAGAUACCCACAGAGUCCCCUAUCACAUCUCAUUUGGUUCUCGGAUUCCAGGCACCAGUGGGCGGCAGAGAGCCACCCCAGAUGCCCCUCCUGCUGACCUUCAGGAUUUUUUGAGCCGAAUCUUUCAAGUACCCCCGGACCAGAUGUCCAAUGGGAACUUCUUUGCAGCUCCUCAGCCUGGCCCUGGGGCCACUGCAGCCUCCAAGCCCAACAGCACAGUACCCAAGGGAGAAGCCAAACCGAAGAGGCGGAAGAAAGUGAGGAGGCCCUUCCAACGUUGAUAACCCUUCUCUUCUUUCCUCAAAUCAAUGUCAGGGAGUCAUAAGGGCUGUGUACAGCACAGGAUGGAGUUUGACUUGUUUAUUUUUAAAUAUUUAAAAAAGGGAAAAUUUUAAGCUCAAAUUAUUCACUCAGUACGUAUAGAAGUCCAGAAACCACUCCCCUCCUCCACCAGUACCCACUAACUGAAUCUCGUCUUCUGAUAAUACCAAAGAAAUAGGCUAUGGCUAGAGCAAAGAAGCUAGGGCCUGGACCUGGGCUGGACAGUAUCUCCCAUGGUAGUAUGGGAACUGUAUUUUUCCCUAGGAUCUAUAUGCCUCUGUCUUGUCUUUUGCUUCUAGAGAUGACACUUUGCCCCCCCCCCUUUUAAAUUACAAGACUGUCUUAUUCCUUGACCCAUUCCAGGAAGGUGCCCCUUCCUUUACCCCAAUAUACUAGUUGAGAGACAGAAGAAGAAAGCAUGUAGCCCUAAUUAUUGGAGAUAUAUAGAGUUCAGAGAGUGGGAACUCUGAAUUUUUCCUCUGACUUUCACCUUGUGGGUAAUCACCCAACUUUAUGCUUGUUGCUGCAGGGAUGGCCAAAACUAAUUAAUUUUUAAAAGCCCUCUGCCCUUGGGUGAGGGGGAAAGAUGUAGGGGUUCCAGGCAGCCCCCUUAUGAUCCAAGGGUUUGUAUUUUUUUAAGUUUGUUCAUAUUUGUAUGUACAUAUCUAUUUAACGCCAGGGGAUUAUCUUUCUAUAAAUAUACAGCUGGCAAUCUGUAUCUUCCCUCUCUUCUUUGCCCAUAUAGCUGAAGCCCUUUUUCUUAUUUGAGAAUCCUUUCCCUACUAAGUGUAAGCUGAAAGUGAAGGGCACCUCCUACUGGACUGAGGGAGAGGGAGGGGCAAGAAAUACCAUAGUAAAGUGUUGUACAGUAAGUCAGCAUUCCAUUUUUUUGCCCUACCUUUGCGCAAACAUUUUCCAGCUCCUGAUGAUCAAAUUGUAGCCAUAUUUGAAAAAAAUUAUCUUUAUUAUAAGGAAAAUACAUAGCAACACAGAGUUGGAAGGUGGUAGGGAGUGGAAGAUAUGGAAAAACUUAAUUACUAAGUAAGCUGCCCAAAUGUGGCUUCCUGCUGUGGCGGUGAGUGAUUUGGCCCUGACCUUUCUUGAUUCAAAGAAACCUGUUUUUAGCAGGGCUGGGCCAAGGGAGCCCCACUUUCCAGUCUGUUCUCUUCCCUCAAGUCUAGGGAAGGUGGUACAGUCCUCAGGCUUUUAAGAUACAGAAGACAGUAUGGAGAAGACAGUAUGUGACAGCCCUUUGUUCCAGCGUCAGCCCCAAGCCCAUCCCUCAGUACUUGUUGAUGCCAAAGAGACGAACCCCAUGGAAUUGGGGCAACUUGGGCAGCAGUACACUGAGCAGUGAGGCUGUGUUGAUGAAGAAGUGAGCAGCAUCAUACUUGGUGUAGAAGCUGGCCAGGAGGUAGCUGGGGAGAGAAGAAAUACGUUGAGUGAAGUCAGCCUUCCCUGUCCUUAUUCAUGCCUUUCCAGUCACUUUCUCUUCUAUUUUAAAUGACCAGUUUGAUUGCAUGUAGUCCUGGGAUAUUUGAAAAUACUCCCCCUCUGUUAACCAUAUUUACUUUGGGGUUGGGGAAGUAAUCAGAGAGCACCUUUAACUGGAGAUUUGUAAGUCUGUGUGUCUUUUAAUUGUUGAUGAUGUGGCAAAUGACUGCUGAAGCAGUUUCAGCCUAUUAGAAUCUUCUUCGCUUCCACUCCCCACAGUCCAUUUUUACUGAUUUACAUCAGUUCUGCCUUUAUUUUUUAAUUUAUUUAUAUCAGAACCGGGGUACAGGCCAGAUGCACGGGAGGGCGAGAGGAUUCACUAGAGACAGAGCAGGGAACAGAACAGGCAGACUGAUAAAAUACACUGCUGAGAGGAGCAGCGGGUGCGACAGGAGAGGUCUGCCCCGCCAUCUGAGACCCUCGCCGGCCGGCCGGGAUUGAACCAGCGCUGCAGAGGCCGUGGACAGCUUCACAGUGCGGCACUCAACCGCCUGCGCCACCAGGG